AAAAAAAAAUUACCAGGGAGGACAAGGACCGGCAGCACCAUGAUACCAAUUUAAUUUAAUUAUAUUUCCCGUCGGUGUGAAGGUGGCUGCGAAUUGUUGUUUGCUUCUAUGUGCCCUGAGAUUGGUUGGCAACCAGUUCAGGGUGUGCCGCGCCUCCUGCCCGAAGAUAGAUGGAUGGCUUCGGAUGGCUUCAAACAAUGGCGUGGGGUACAAGGUUUGUCCAAGUGGCAUUGCCGUAGUCUGUCCACUGCAGAUGUACUUCCGUAUACGUGACGCUCGCUUCGCCACAGACGCUUUCAGUAAAACUUAGCCAAAUAACCCUACCUGAAUGACUACUAAACAGCGAAAACUCGACCAAGGACCCCCAUCACAACUCUGAUGGACUCAAACUUAAUUAUUUAAGUCUUCCUGCGUGAGUAAAACUCGUCUUGGUGCACUUUAAAAGCUUCCCGAUCGAGCUAAGCAUAGAUUAGCUUGCUAGCCGUUGAGAGAGAGACGCCCGAUUGUUUCGCGACACACGGCUCAGCAGAGGUCAAGUAUGACUGAAAAAUACUGCCGGCAUCGUCUGAACAUGUGUGCAAAACGUGUGAAAGAGGAAGAGUACGAGGAGGAAAUUUCUCGAGAGGAAGACACCGAACGUCAACUGCUGGACGCCGCUGGCGUCCUGCAAGCUCGAGAUUUGUUGCAUAGGGCAGCUGUCACUCAAGAAGAUCUUCGUUCUGAGCAGCAGGAGCCAGAGCCCCUCCGCAUCAAGGAGGAAGAGGAACAGGAGGAGGAGCUUCCACAGAUGAAAGAGGAAGAGGACUUCCUGUCUCAUCACUUGAAAGAGGAAGAGGAGGAAGACGACAUCAGCACGUUUCCAAUAACUGUUGUCAGUGUCAACAGUGACGAAAGUGAUGGAGACUUUGAAGGAUGCCAAGCAGACGGCCUCGGAGAUAGUGACACCACAACGUCGCACUCUUCUGACUAUGAGCAUGGUGAACGCUCCAAAGGCCACACUCACAACAAAUGGGUCCAGUGUUGUCAUUGCAACGAAAUCUUCGACGACAAGUCGCUGCUGAUAGCGCACGAAAGCACACACACUGAAGAAAAACCUUUCGGUUGCUCAUAUUGCGGCAAAAGAUUCUCAUUAAAGGCAAAUUUAAGGAUGCAUACAAGGACACACACAGGAGAAAAACCAUUUGCCUGCCUAGUUUGUGGUAAAAGAUUCUCUAGAAAGUCCAUUUUAUCAAUGCACACAAAAACACACACUGGAGAAAAACCUUUUGUCUGUUCAGUUUGCGGUAAAAGAUUCACACAGAAAGGAGAUUUAACAAUACAUGCAAGAACGCACACCGGUGAGAAACCUUUUCCCUGCUCAAUUUGCGGUAAACGAUUCACCCAGACGGGAGAUCUAAAGGUACACACAAGAACGCACACUGGAGAAAAACCUUUUGCAUGCUCGGUCUGCGGUAAAAGCUUCUCUAUGAAAACGUAUUUAAAAAGACACACAGUAACGCACACCGGAGAAAAACUUUUUGCCUGCUCAGUUUGUGGCAAAAGAUUUUCCAGGCACGGCGAUUUAAGAAUGCACACAAGAAAACACACGGGGGAGAAGCCGUAUUGCUGCUCAGUUUGUGGGAAAAGCUUCACUGGAAAGACAAACUUAACGGCGCAUAUGAUGACACACACCGGCGAGAAACCGUUCAGCUGCAACGUGUGCGAUAAAAGAUUCUCUCGGAAGGAUCAGCUGAAGAGACACAAGUGUGCCGGUAAGAAGAGCAGCGCUCAAUGAAGCUGCACAAUAAAGUGAAGAAAUUAAAGCUGUGUUG